UGGCUCCUGCAUCUCCAGCCCUCAGAGCGCCGGCGCUUCAGCCCCAGCGCAAGUUCUUCUCCACACUCUCCCAUUCGCCGGUCCGGCUGGAAACGUCGCGUCUUGCUGCGUUCAAGGUGAGUGUUUCUGCUCAAGUGAUGUCGAUGACGGUGCCGAUGAACCGCAGGGAGACGAAACCCACCGGACAGUUAUUUAUCUCGGGUGAUGCGUGAGACCAAGCUGCUACUCGGACUUUUAUUUGCCGUUAGUUUAAAAGGAAAUCCUCAUAUAUGCGCGUAACGAUGUCUUCAAGAACUCCGAAGUUUUGUCUGCUGCCCUUUAGUAGUCAUAUAUACAUAGAGUUAGUAUAUGAAAUAUUUUGCAUCUUGUAUGAUUCACCGCACGCUGAGGUUUGUGUGGUUUUAUAGCGAGAAUCGCGAGGAUCCGUUCUCUUUGUGCGCGACACUAAAUUGGAACACAAGAAGCGUCAGUCAUUUGAGAAAAAAAUACAAUGAUAACGCUCUUUAAUUGGGGCUGAUACACAAUAUUUUAGUGGCUAUUACACUCAUUAUUGUCUGUUGCACCUCUGCUUAUUUCUGCUGAUACAGUUAUUAUUUUGUGAUAAGGCAAAGGUGAGGACAAAAUAAACGCUACUGCAAAACGCAGACGGUUGGUCUUUGUUGUUUCACCAGGACAAUAAAGACCGCUGCGUUCUUUCAUCAACCCUUUCAUGAAGAGUUCUCCAACAAGGUUCCUUUUCCCAUGAUCAACAUGCCAUAGAAAUGGCAUAGGAAUCUGUUGAUAACUUUCCAAGGGAUUUUGCAAACAAGGACUUGGUGGUGGAGGUACGCUGUUAGUCAGCUAUUCAUAGGGAUAUACAAAUGACUAGUGUGAUUUUAGUUAAAUACAUCUAAAAGUACUGGUCCUAAAAUUUAAAGUUGGGUUUCCAUCCACCUAUUUCUAAUUUGAAUUUUCACAAAUAGGACAAAUAAACGCUAAAAAAAAAAAAAAAAAGCUUUCACACUUGAAGGAGGUGAAUUUGUGUGUGUAUUGAUUAAAAGAAAUCAUUUGCUACGGAAACAGAUUUGGGAGAUAAAUGAUGACUCACGGCCCCCCGUCUGCCUCAGCUCCCUCCCUAAAAGUCGCCACUCGAGAACAAUGCUGGAGCUCUUCAAAUUAGUGAACAUUCAUCCUACAUUGUGAAAUUCAAGUUCAUAUUCCCUGCAGGAAGCAGGAAAACACACAUUCCCGGACACUGACUCGUGUAAUAAAAGCUGAACCGGCGUCUCUUUUACUGACCAAUUUCUUAUGCCCCAGCGCUAAUUUUUGUUCACACUUCUUAUUUGUUGCAUGAGCAUUACAGCGCCUCUAUAGUCCCGGCAUAGGAACUACAUCAUUUUAGACUGUUUCCAGUGGAUUGUUGUCGACUGCAGAAACACAUAAUGUGCGGCGUGGUGUAGAUGUGAUACAGCAAAGAAACGUCAGCCGAGUGGGACCACCAUGACCCUCAGCGUCGAAUUUCAUAAUGGAAACUUGAGACUAAAUGAAGGAUGUAGAGCGGGAAGGAGGAACAAUAUGGAGUGCUCCUGGAAGACAGUGGUGCUGCUCGUGUGUGCGUCACUUGGCGUCCAGUACACCGCCAUCAGAACCUUGAGAGACUCACUGUCUGGACCCUGUCAGGGAGCGUAUCGCUGCAGGUCCAGAUUUUAUCAAGACUCCAGGUGGAGAGGUUCAUGCACUGAGGACAACUGGCUGCCACUUGAGUCCCCACAGACUCACAUCCUGCUGUUUGCCACCACACGUAGCGGCUCCUCCUUCACGGGGCAGAUUCUCAACCAGCACCCCGACAUAUUCUACGUGUUUGAACCGCUCUACCACGUCCAGCAAGCCUUCACCAACUCCAGCAGCAGGAUUCGGCGCGUGCUGGACCGCAGGGCUCUGCUGGGAGCCUACAGAGAUCUUUUGCUCAAUCUCUACACCUGUGACCUUCACUUUAUGGAGAACUACAUCCGCCCUGAGCCGCAGAAGCAUCUCACGCUCUCCUUGUUCCACAGGAGCUCCAGUCUGGCUCUCUGCUCGCCCCCUGUUUGCGUCGAUGGGGUACAGACGUCUGCUGCGCCUCAGGAAACCUGGUGUUCUAAGAAGUGUGGUGCGCUGAAUCUCACCUUGGCCACCAUGUCGUGCCAGUCCAAGCAGCAUGUUGCCAUAAAAACAGUUCGAAUCCCAGAGGUUGGAGACCUGCGCACCCUGACUGAAGAUCCACGCUUGAAUCUCAAGAUCAUCCACCUGGUGAGGGACCCCAGAGCCAUCCUCGCUUCACGCAUCGUGGCUUUCUCAGAUCAGUUCCGCGCUUGGAAAAUAUGGAACGCAACGGGCCGCCAGCCCCGCUAUGUGGAUUUGACCCAGAUCACCAGCACCUGUAAAGACAUGGCAGCCUCUGUGGCAACAGGCCUCCAGAGACCUGGAUGGCUGCGUGGACGAUAUCUACUCGUGAGGUACGAGGAUUUAGCGUUCAACCCCGAAGACAAGGCAGCGGAGAUCCUCCGGUUUGCAGGGCUGGAGAUGGACCCUCGAGUGAAGACUUGGAUUGUCAGAAACACCAACGGCAACAUUUCAUCGGCAUCUGACUGGAACGACUGGUACUCCACCACCAGAGACUCCAGAGCGACCGCAGAGAGCUGGAGGUCGCGCCUCAGCUUUGACAUCAUCCAGACAGUCCAGAACCUCUGCAAUGACACUCUGGCUCUGCUGGGAUACAAGCCGGUUCACUCAGUGGAGCAACUCAGAAACCUCUCCCAAAAUUUAGUCGAAGCAAGGACCUUUUGAUGACCUGCUUUAGUUUUAUGAGUUUGGUGUCCAUGUUUUCUUUUGUGUCUGGAAUUGUGAAUGUGAAUUAUUUCUUUGUUAUGUGAUCAAAACUACGGGUUUAAAAAAAAAAAAAAAAAAAUUUAUUGCAGAUUGCUUUAUUGGACUAAAUAGUUUUAUUCUAUAAACACAAGUGGUUUUGUACUAAUGUGAGUAUGGAAUAAAAAAAUAUUUAUAAUAAUAAAGCAGCCAGAUCAUUUCAUUACGCUAACACAAUCAAAUAUUGCUUAUUCCUGAGUUACAUUCAUUCAUCAUUUAAAAUGGCAGAAAUCCAACUCGUGUUUUCACAUCACAUCCCUCCAAUAACAGUCCAAUUCCGGGCGGUUGAGCUACUCCGUCCUCGUCGUGUUCUGCAGUGCUGAUGCCAGGAUUCCUGGUCUGUGGAAUUGAUCUGCUGAUGAGAAACAGGGCUUAACACGCAUGAAGAGCAGAGAGUUUGUCUUUCAGCAUCACACGAUCUGGUCAUAAAGCAACGCAACAAGAAGCGAAGGCGGGCGAGGGGGGGCACUUGAUUGGUUUUCCCAUCUCUUCCCUGACAGACUAAGCUGCGAGUCGUCUGAGUCAGCCGUCGGCUAAUUACCCGUUUCUUCGCGUUCAAUACCGACACUCUAUUUCUGCCUCAUUAACUGGGCCGACAAAUUUAGGUCUAAUCGAUACUUGCAGCAAAUUUGAGAUAUGCGCCGAGGAAGAUCAAACCGUUUAUGAUGCAAAAGGUCUGGUGUGAAUAUGCUCUCAAGGUGACUGAUAUAAAUAACAAGAGGGGGCUGGUGGCAAUUUUCCUCCAGGACAUUGGUGUGGAAAUUAUUGGCGCACGUAUAUGAAUGUGGAUGUAAAAACAUUUGGAGAGAACAACCGAACAGACGGAUUGACCUUGUUUUGGUCAGACGUUUACUUAGAAGUAGCCAUGGAGGAGGUGGGUUGUGAGUUACUUGUGAGGUGAAGGGUGGGAGCUAUACAGCAUAAAAAAAAGAAAAAAAAAAGAAUGCUCUUGGGAAGAUAAUGAAGCAGGAAAGGCACAAUAAUAUGGAAGCGCAGAGCUGCCAAAAGGGAAAAACUGUCUUGGCAUCGGUAUCAUAUUCAGGAUAUUAUCACAUAUGUCAUGAUAUUAUCAUGUUAUUUCAAAAUUCCUUUGUUGUAUUGCGUUAUUGGGAGCGUUCGGGGUUGAAGUUGUGCUGCUACUCAGGCUAAAAAAAAAGGAUUUAUUUAUCAUGUUCCGCACUUGUCUGUAAGCAACAUGUAGUUUCCUGAUGUUCAUACAACAACACUGGCAGAGUUUUAUGAAGUGCAUGAGUGAUGAGGUGAAGCUGAUGUUGACACAGAGGACAGAAACUUUUCAGUGCAUUUAUCACGAAACAUGAUAAAUAUAACAAAAUAGCAUGACAAAUUUACAAAGCUGUGAGCUUCCGUUCAAUACGCUAACAGCUAAGCUAAUACCAUGAUGGAUUGUUCCAUACUCUUUUGAGCUACUUUUACAAAAUGAUGGUGGAUACUUCUGGUAGAAAAGGGAGCAAUAAUUCAUCAAAACACGUGUUAAACUGAAGGCCCGCCAAGUCAUUGUAUGUGUCAUUUUAAGCACUGGAAAACCGCUAAGAAUCAACUUAUCAUGAUGUGGGUGUUGAAGCUUUGCCGUCCAAAUAUUGAAAAAAAAGCAGAUCGAUUGGAAUUUGUUGAAAAGUGGUUUGUGUUUCUGGGAUAAUAACAGGGGAGUUUCUAAUUUUAAAAUAAGACAAUGUAGGUGUUUUGACAGCUGGAAAAAACUCCUGUUUAAGAAGUGUUAGUUACAGACUGCAACAAUUUUUGAAAGGCCCUCACCUUGGUUCUUUUUAAAAAUUUGGUGCCUGAACUUGACAAUACAGUUAGUCCCUGGUGUGUGCACUUACCCAUUAAACAUUCUAUUCCAUUAUGUUGUGUUCUCCCUUUUGCCACAGUCGUGGAUUCCUGGAUACAUUCCCGCUAACCUUCAUCAGUCAAGUAGUUUCAUUCGCCGCAUAAUGGAUUCCUUGGAGUCCUUGAGCUCACUCCUCCUUGGUGCCUUUGAAGGUGAUGGUACUGCUUAGGCCGACUUGGAUACUGUGGAUACUUCUAACAUCAAGACAGCGCAUUACUUGAGAGCUAAUAGAGAUGUUAUUGAAACAGGUUGAUCUUAUCUGACUGCAAAGUCAAUAGCAACAUGCGGAUGUCUUUUAACCACUUUGAUGUCUCUGCUGUCUUGUCUUUGGGGGAAGAAAAUGAUCAAAGGAUAUCUGCUGGGAUCUUUUCUCCCCCACCAUCCAACUCCUGCAAUCUCCCUCCUAAAGGGAGAAGUGCGACUGGAGUGGCAAAAAAUAAUAAACAGCAAGAUGUCCCGGAUUUCAGGAGUCUGACAAUGUGUGAGCCAACUUGUAAUGACACGCUUGAAAAGAAACAACUUGACCUUCAUGAUCCCCAUUGUGUCGGUUGCAUCAGCUCCGACACACACCGGCAGCACACACUUGCCUGGAAGCAUGUCUAUUAUCGCUGGGUUUAACCAUGCCCCGGUCAUAAUUAGAUAGUCAGGAGGUUAUUCAGCGCCCUCGGUCGUGUCUUUUCCAUCAGCAGUUAUCUUUUAUCACUCUGAUGAAUUCAAGUGCUCCUUUUUAAAAAGCACGAGGGAAAAACUGUUCCGAGCCGCCAAAAAAAACAGUUUCAAAUAAAUAUCUCUGAAGGUCUAACUGGUCUCAAGGGAGAAAAAUGUGUCCUCGUUCAUAAAUCGCCCUCCUAAAGGGGAACAUUGAUUCUAAAUGUCAGGAGCUCCAGAGAACAGAACAGAGAAUAUUGACAAGCCAGUUAAAAAGACAUGGGAAUGGUACAGUUGAUGAGCCCUGAAAUGUCACCCAGCCAUUCGUUCGGUGCUGGACCUCCUUGAGCUCUUAAAGGAGCCGUCUUUUUUGCAGGACAGAUAUGUAUAGUCUUUAAGUGAAUUGUGAUAGUAUGAAUACGACUAUAAUGGCAACGGGUUGGAAAUUGAAUCAAAUUUAAAUGUGUGUGUGUGUGUGUGUGUGUGUGUGUGUGUGUGUGUGUGUGUGUGUGUGUGUGUGUGUGUGUGUGUGUGUGUGUGUGUGUGUGUGUGUGUGUGUGUGUGUGUGGACAAGUCCUGUCAAGCCACCUUCUUGUGAGGAUAUUUUGCUUUUGGAGGACAUUUUGGUGUGUAUUCACAAAGUUUAGAAGAUUAAAACAUCAGCAAAAGUGGUUUAUCAUAUUCAGGUUUAAGUUUGGUUCAGAGUCCUGGUUAAGGUUAGCCAUGUGUUUUGGAUGGUUAAGUUAAGGGUGAGAGGCUGGGAAAGCAUUAUGGCAAUGAGCGGUCCCCACAAAGAUGGUGCGACAAACCUGUGCGCGUGUGUGUGCGUGGGCUUGUUUAUACUGUCUCGUGGGGACCGAUUCGUAACAAAACACUAUCCUUGUGGGGACCUUAUGUCUUUGUGGGGACCUUUUGCCGGUCCCCACAAGUCCAAACCUCAAUUUGUGGAAGAAGAUUUCAAAAUAAGGAGGUGAUUAUAAUUGGGUUUCAGUUUGGUUCAGUGUCAUGGUUAAGGUCAGCCAUGGGUUUGGAGGGUUAAGUUAAGGUUGAGAGGCCGGGGAAAGCAUUAUGGCAAUGAAUGGACCCCACAAAGAUGGUUCAACAAACCUGUGCAUGUGUGUGCGUGGUUGUGUGCCCAGAGGUCACAGGGUUCAUCGAGAUAAUGGUUUUACUGGACAGUUCUUCAACAAGAACACUGUGUUCGCUCUGCUGGUGAAAAACACAUUGGGAACUCUAACAAAAAAGGACAAUGUUCGUAAUUCAUGUGUGGGCGAAAUGCAAAUGAAUAAGUUAUUGACCACCCGGUGUCUAUUUCAUUUAGCACGCUGUAUCUUUAUUUGGCCCUUUCCGAAGCAACUGUGUAACUGUGCACACAUGGGUAGUGACGGGCUUACAGGGCUUCAUGAAACACACUAGAUGACACUCUCUGCUCAAGAAUAUUUGACUUUGAAAAGCCAUUUCAAUGAACCCACACAUCUACUUUGAGCUGUCAGCCCGAAAAAAAAAAUGCUCUGAAUCAGCACACCUCUGAGCUCCAACAGACUUCUCACAUAAAUGAUUUUAUAAAGCUGUUCAAAUGAGCAUGGCGGCUCUACCGCCUUCUCUCCGCAGUCAUAACCGUAACGCUCCCAGUUGCAUCAUGAUGGUGUCUUCUCUUCCUGCGCUGAUGCCAUUUAAGAAGAGAUUAAGGAACACUUAACACUUCAUAUCCUCUCCAGGCUGCAACUUGUGAUUGUUAGGAGAAGAGCAGAAGCCCUGAGGAAACAUCUGCUCUGUCACAGCCAUCAUUCAAAGACCAUUGUUGUCCCCAGGUGUCCAGUCCACACAGAACCCUCAAUGUACAUCCCUGCUGCACCAUUCCUCGAUAAAAUCUGCUGUAGAGCUCUGCGCCUUUUUGCUUGUGAUACUGGAUCAGAACCAAAGAUAGUGAAAGUGAAAUGGAUGUCUUAGCUUGAAUGUAUGAAGUGCUACAUAUACUGUGUACUACAUAAUGUCGCACCUAUUCAUUCUUUUAAAAUGCAGAUUAAGAUCAAAACAGCCUCUUUUCAAUUUAACUAUACUGAUAUUACUAUUCCAUUUAUUACUACAAUACCACUACUUAAAUCUAUUAACUACAGGUAAUAUUCAGCUGCUAGUGUUGUUUUUUAUAUCCUACCUAUGUUGUGUUUAGUAUCAUUUCUAUGGCAAAGUACAAGUCUUUAAUGAUUGAUGAGCUUAUGAGGCUUCAUGAAACAGUGCCAUGGUUUUCAAACACCACUAGAUGGCACUAUCUACUCUUAAAGCUUUGCAUUUUGCACCUUCUCAAACUACACGUCACUUUUAAGCAGAGAGCUCUGAAAAUCACGACACUGUUUCACAAAGCCUCAUUGGUCCAACACUCGACGUUAGUACACACUGAUUCAGACCAGAUCAGUUUAGUUUCCUGUGUUUAAUGAUGGAUGAUCGUCCAAAUUAAAAGCACUCAUGUGAGGACAAUGAAUAUCAUUUUUCUUUGCGAUUGAUAGAGAAAGGAAGUGAAAAAUACAGAUGAUAAAUCAAAGAUGGUGUCGAGCAAAUUGGAAUCUGCGGUGAGGCCCCAUGUGACAGACCUGUUCAAAAACCAAGAGGAUUGAUGGAGAAGAUUGCAUGGGAUCAUCUGCAAUCAUAAAUCUUUUAAAAAGAACAUGUAAAUGUGAAGUUAAUUUCUGAUUGAUUCAUACUUUAUCCCUGAAUCCUCCAAUGGGACUGAUUCGGCAGCAGCUGAAUUCAGGGACACCCUGGACAGAUUGACCCUCCAGCACCCGAGCAGAGGUUUUAUUGCCGUUGUUCAUGUUUAUGAAAUGAUAAAAGUUGUCUAUUUGCAUAAUAAGAUUCCAAUAGCAGCAAAUUUGGAGUAUUGCAGAUGUUUUUGCUCCGAAGGACGACCCCAUGCCUUUUUCAUUGCCUUUUUCUGGCAGAACGUUGUUUUCUCCACUUGCCUUGUCUCACAAAAUGCCGCCUUUUUUCACAUUUAUUUAACAAAGGAAAAACAGAAGAAAUGCAUGUGGGUGGGUGCAUCUUAAAAGAAAAGGUUGUCUGAUCUCUUCAAUAUAUAAAAAAUGUUUCUAAUUCUCCAUCUCAAUGAAAACAAAGAAAAACUGCUAUUGUUUCCAUUUGGUAUAAAGGUUGGCAAAACACAUACUGUCUUCUUCCUGAUACAAACAAUACAAUACACAUGUGAUAUGUAUGUGUCUGUUUUUGUCUGGUCCUCAGGAAUCUCCCGUGAAGUCUUUGGAAAAUGUGUACAGUUGGAGGAUAUGUGAUAAUGGUGCACCCCUCAUCAUCAGGUUCACAAGUGCACAGUGUUCUUACAUGAGUUUCCUCACCUCAGAUCAAAAUAGACUCCUCACCUUCAGAUCAUUAAAGGCAGAGGAAAGCCACCACCAACUUGCUUCGAAUCAAAUCACCCACUAAUUUUGACUCGAGACCCCUCCCCCUCACCAGGAGCAACCUGGUGUAUUUCCAGAAUGUCUCCCUCUUGUGAGCCCAGGGGCCGACGUGGCUGCUGAUGCUAACUAAUGAUGAGCAUUCACGAUGACAGCGAGUCCAUCUGUCUGUGUCAGGCUAAUCCAAUUUCAUAAAUGUAAUCGGAGGGGGUCUGUUAUGGAGAGCCCUCCAGCCUGGUGCCCUGUGCCCCUCCGCUCUCUGCACACAAACAAUGAGCAAGAUAUAAGUCAGUUUUGGGGCCAAUAAUGACAAUGAACUUCCCUUCUCUGUAGCAUAAUUCCUCUUCAUAUCAGUGAAGAUCUGGAUGUUGAUCCUCUGAGCCGAGCGGUGCUCGUACUGUCACUCAGCUUUGACGGAUCUAAAUGAAGCACCAAUGCCUGAGUCCUUAGUUACAUAGAUAUGAACCGGCAGCGUCUGUCAAAAUUCCACAUGUAAAUCACAGCGAUGCCAAAUGUUGAAGUACAAUAAUAAUUUUAAUGAAUAUCUGUGUAUGAAGUAUUGCUGUCUUCAACACAGCAUGGAGGUGUCCAGCUGAGUCACCUCCCUGACUCCAGGUGGUCAAUGUUGUGUCUUUGUCCCAUUAAUAAUAUUGACUGAAAAAUCAAUUCAAGAAUCUGCUUUUAAUUUUUUAAAUAAGCAAAACCUCAUUGGCAUUUUACCAACAAUCUGGAAAGAGAAAUACUGACAAGAUGGUCAGAAAUAACAAAAUCACAAACACGAUCGUCAACGUGUACUCAUGAUGGGGAAACACAUGGAAAUCAGAAUAAAACAGUAUGAAUCAGAAUCUGAAUCGAGUUUAUUGUCAGUGGGGAUCCCACCAACUAGGAAAGUGUUUUGGAAUGAAGUGCUGACAGAAAAAAUAAAAUAAAAUAAACAAAGGCUGUUCACAAAUUCAACAGUCUGACGGCCAAGGGGAAGAAGCUGUUCCUGUGAUUCUGGUCUGGAUGGACCGUAGCCUCCUGCCAGAGGGAAGAGGGACAAACAGUCCAUGUCCAGGGUGAGAAGGGUCGGCUCUGAUCCGACCUGCACGUCUCUGGGUCCUGGAGACACACAGAUCCUGAAGAGGUGGCAGGCUGCAACCGAUCACCUUCUCAGCAGAACAAUGCGCUGCAGUCUGCUCUUGUCCCUGGAGGUGGCGCUGUUGUACGAGACAGUGAUGGAGGAGGUGAGGAUGGACUGGAUGAUGGCCGUGUAGAACUCCACCAGCAACUUCGUCGGCAGUCGUAGUUUUCGUAGCUGCCUCAAGAAGAACAUCCUCUGCUGGACCUUCCUGAUAAGGGACCGGAUGGUCAGCUCCCAUUUCAGGAAAAAAAACACAAACUUUUUUAGGCACCAGGGAAAAACAAAGGAUCAGAAAACCAGGAAGCGAGCGAGCUGAAUGAAAUUUUCCUAGAUACAAAAGUAGUCGAUCUGGCAUAUGUGACUGGAACCAAGGUGCUUAAAAGGGCUCUGCAGGUGAUUUGUGGAUUAGCUUCCAACAGGAAGUGGCAACAAACAAGGAAGAGGAAGAAAACAAAACAGAAGUGACAAGGAUCAAAAUAAAAGCGAAUCAUGACAGUUGUUCAAUCAUUUUUAUGAGAUUAAUAUUACUAAAAUAUUACUAAUAUUUGUGGAUAAAAAUGAUCGCAAGCCAGAAAAUCUGACUUUAUAAAAGACAGCGUACAAUAAAAUCUUGCAUGUGUCUAUGGUGUACUGUCCACUUCACUUCAACACACUAGCUAGUGAUCUUAUCAGUGUUGAGGAAUGUGAGUUUGCAGGUCAGACCUGGGGUGGGAGCGCCACCGGUGGUCUAUCUGAGCAUGUGCCUGGGACACAUGGAUCAUAUGAAAAGCAUCGUCAUUAAGUAAAACAAUACUGACCAACAAGAAUCCGUUGUUUCCCACUGCUUCCCAACAAGCAUGAGCUCAACAGAGGCCUCUAAUUCGCCACUCGAUCAGCCGAGCUAUGACCAGAGAGCUGCUCUUGGGGGGAAGUUAAUCCACCUUAAUGCAGUUUGAGGAAUUAUUGAUCACACCACCACCAGUCCAUCAGGCUUUGGAAGAAUUAUUGACCACAUCACCCACACGUUUUGAACACACACCCACGGGUGUUUCAUUCAGCUCUACUUGUAGUUCUUUACAGCAAAGCGAACACUGGUGGAGAUUCAGGAAUCGGCAGCAUGGAAGCUAAUGCUUUGGUUAGGUGCUCUGAGGAUCAGUUAGUGGGAGGCAAACUAUAAAAUUAUUGUUUUAUCUGGGCCUUAUUAAGCUUUUCAUUGGGCUAAAUGUUACCUACUGUGUUAGCAAGAUGAAACACCACCCAGUGGGAUGUGAAAAAGCUAUGUAAUUUUUCUGUCAAAAGUAGCCCAAUUGUUAGGUUUGACUUGGAUCAUUCGCCUACAGAUUUUUAUUUUGUCCACAGUACUGAGCGCAACGUUUUUGCGAAGGCAAAGUGGAUUAAGUUUCGAGGUCAAACAGACGUUGCAAAAUAAAUAAAAGUUGUUUUUCAUUCCAAUAGCUUUUUUGUGCAAUGUGAAAGUAACAUUUUUUCUGUUUAAUUUAUUUACAAACUGAAAGACGACAGAUGAAUCACGCUGCGCACCAAAGUGGAGGCAUUGAUGAUUUGGCAUCCAGAUAGAUUUAAUUUCCCUCACAAUUGAUAGUAUGUAGCAUCUGCUGUGCUGUGGGACGGCCAGCCUGGGAAGAGCGCCGAGCCGAGUGCCUGCAAAUGAAAUUAAACCGAGCUAUGUCAUCUCUCUCCCGUGAAAACAGUCCUGCUCUUCACGGCAGACUUGUUGUGUUCACUCUUGUUUUUCGCUAAUUCACUUUCUGAAAUGUGGCUUUGCCGAGAUGGGGGAUUACGUCAGGGAACAGGGUCCCCAUGAGCUAUGUUCCGGCUCAAGAGGAUUCUGGCCUCAUGAGGUCACCGCUCUGGAGGCCUGGGCUUCAAUUUCUCUGGCUUUGCAAAAAUGUUUUAUUGAAAGCCAUGGUUUCUAAACUGUACCCACAGCCGCAUCAGUAGGUUCUGGUUGUGAUGAGUAAAUGAGGUUCCUUGAAACAUUUUUUAGAGGCCACUUGGUGGCGCUGUCUGCUGCUUUGAACUAUUUCAAAGCAACUGAACAUUAUUUACAUUAUUUACAGUUGAAUAUUAGGACGUUUCAUGAAACCUCAUCGACGAAUCACUCGUGUUUGGGAAGAAUAGGCUGCUGGGAGACGGCACAUGUUGCAGUUCCAGUUUGAGAUGUUCCUGAGCCAGUGGCUGAGUCGUCUCUCAUCAUGCCUACAUCACCACAGGAGACUCCCUCCAUGUUGGAAAUUAGCAGCUCAAAUUACCAGCACGGCGGAGCCUGUGACAGAUUCAGAUCCUGUCUCUGAAGAAGACCCCGACCACUCACCAAAGAAAACCCAUUUGCAAGUCUGUGUUCUUAUUCUUUCAAUCACGGCCGCAGGCAAG